AUGGAUGAUAAAGACUUAAUCAUCAUUGAACCUGAUUUUGGAUGGGAAGAAGAGUAUACUAUAAGAAAUCAAAGAGAAGAGGCGAAGGAAUAUUUUAAUACAAGAAAUUACACCAAAGCAUUAGAAAUUUGGGAAAGAAUCGAGACACUAAAAGUGCUAGCUCGAGUUUUGGGAACGGACACUACCACACUAGCCUUCUUGGAUUUGGCAAACAAUAACUUUGAAUUGGCUCAAGCUUUAGAAACAAAUACGACCUUAACUACUUUGGAUCUUGAGAACAAUCAACUCAGUAAUAAAAUAGGAAAGGAAUUAGCUCGGGCUUUAGAAAAUAAUCGAAAAUUAACGGUUUUGAAAUUAAAG